AAGCCAACAACAGAAAGCUUUUGUAAAAUACGACAUUUGAAAUGCAGUUUACUGUUAGUGUUUCUGUAAAGACCUAUAGCGCAGAGGAGAAAAAUACAGUCUUGCAUGGCCUCUGAAAUUCUAACGGGCGAGGCAGCUUGAAGUGGAACUGUGGAUGCAUCCAUAGUUCACCUCACAGCAAAGAGUAUCUCCCAACCUUCCCAUGGUACUUUCAGCCACCUUUAAUUUUGUGUAUCUCUUUUGGAAAGGUGCGAGUGGUACACACUAUGAAGGACAUUAAUUAUGAAGGGAGGGGACAGGGGCUCCACUGGCUGUCUCCAAUGGGAGUCUUAAGAACACCUGCAGGGAGCCAGCUGCAGACACCCGGGAACACUGGGAACACUGGGCGGUUUCUCGUGUCUCCACCCGCUGAAGUUCGCUCUGGAGAAGCUAGCUGGUAUCUCCACGCAGAAGAAGCUCCGCGGCGCUCGCAGAUCUGCUCCGGGGGUCCCUGCGCUCCUGGGGAGCCGCGGAGGCCAGGCAGAUAGCAGCGGACCCGGGGGCGAGCUCGCCGAGCCAAAAGCAGCGCGCACCUCCCGGGCAGCGCCCAGAAUGGAGUGGGAGCUGAAUUUGCUGCUCUACCUGGCGCUCUUCUUCUUCCUGCUUUUCCUCCUGUUUCUCCUGCUCUUCGUGGUCAUCAAGCAGCUGAAGAACUCGGUGGCCAACACGGCCGGGACGCUGCAGCCCGGGCGCCUGUCACUGCACCGGGAGCCGUGGGGUUUCAAUAACGAGCAAGCGGUGUGAUCCAGCGCUGAGCUGGUCUCAGUUCCGCGGGGAUCCAGAUCUACGUCAUCGGGACCCAGGCUGGCGCCUUUGACUGGUGGCACCCAGGACCAAACUCUGAUCACAGCCUGGGAACCCCCGCAAAGCUGGACAGUGGGUGGCGGAAUUCUUCUUGCAAAAGGCCAUCCCUUUCAUACACAGAAGAAAAGGCACUCUGUGCUCAGAAACGCUACCUCUCUUCCUUCUGAGACUCCACUCUCAAUCUAGGAAUAUCCUGGGAGAUCGCCUCUUGAGCUGCUUCUACUCACAGCCUACGUACUGGCCAAGCAGAGGGAGAAGAAACACUUCCCACACCCAGAGCUGUGCAAAAGAACUUUCUGUGAUAUGGAACUGUUCUAUAUCUGUGAUGCCCAAUACAGCAACUACUAGUCACAUGUGUCUAGUAAACACUGAAAUAUGGCUAGCAGGGUUUAAAUUUUACUUAAUUUCUCCUGAGACAGCCACAUGGGGAUGGUGGCUUUUGUAUGUACUGUUCAUCCCAUUCUCUUUCUUGGGUGUUUUAGAGUUAGAGGGGGAGGUGGCAGCCAGCCACGUGCUCCACAUCCAUGGGCUUCACUGCUCUUCUUGCAUUGAGUUUGUCUCCUUGAGGAAAAGGAAAAUUAGUGUGUUGGAACUAAAUUAAAAAUGUUACCCUCUACCUAUUGCAUGUCUUCUUGGACCAAAUGGGAUGGGUUUUAGUGACCAGCGACCCUGGAAAAAAUGGCAGUUCUGAUCCACCAUGUGCCCUUGACCCCCGUCCAUGCUCCCAACAGAGGUCACUUUGUCUUGUGCAGUGUGGCCCAUUUUCGUUCACUUUUUAAUAUUGUAAAUUCCAAAUGAUUAUUUUGUGUAUGUUUUUCAAAAUACCUAAUGGAUUAUAUUUUUUAAGGUUGUGAAAUAAAAAAAUAAUUACAUGUAAUUCAUUUUUUGUGUGAUUUUUAGUUACUCAUUAUUAUCUAAACUGUUGUAUUAAUUAGGAUAUGGUUAAUAAAGGAAAGAGGUGUUGAUUUUUAUAUGAUUUCCCUUUUAAUUCACAAGUUUAUAUACUAAUGAAUGUUACCUUUCAAAAUCAUUAAAUAAUUCUUCUGUUACAUUUGAA